AUGUACAUUUGUCAAAAUCAAAGUGACGAGCAGCUAAUUGUUUCGCCCGACCUGCCUCGCCUUUCCACUCCUAUAACGCAAGACGAAUGCCUCUACGACAGUCAUUGGACAAAAGAGGCCGACAAUCUUUUUAUUGACUUGCUCAUUGAGUCGCAUCUGCUUGGGAAGUGGAGUAGUGGUCGUCCCGGGCCUGCAGUCUUUGGUUACUGCCGCACUAUUUUCAUUUACGAGUCCGAACAAACUGUUAGUCACGAUGAAUUUGAUGAGAGAUUCAACUUUCUUCAAAAGCGGGACAUAUUAGACAUUUUACCACAUGCCACUGUGCGGACUUGUCCCAAUCACACCCCCCUCGGGCAGAUCAAAUUAUCGGCUGAUUGCGGGAUUGGAGCACUGUACAUCGCGGGCCGCGUCUUAUCUCUCGGGCCCUUGUCAUGUAAGCUGAUCGGGGCCCGCUACUACACCCUCCAGCGACACUGGUGCCAGGGACGAAGUCGGACAUGGCACCCACACGGCCUCGACGGCGGCCGGAAACCGUGUGGGCAGCACGAGCUUCUACGGCAUAGCGGGCGGGACGGCCAGGGGCGGGGCCCCAUGGGCUCGGGUGGCGGCGUACAAAGUGUGCUAGACGGGGAGGUCAAGUACGACAGCAUCUCAAUCGGUUCCCUGCACGCCGCCAACAAAGGGAUCCUCACCGUGCACUCUGCCGGGAACAACGGCUUCUCGCCCGGGACGGUAACCAGCGUGGCCCCAUGGAUCUUCACAGUUGGGGCCAGCACCAUGGACCGUGGGAUUGUCACCAAACUACCUCUUGGGGAUGGAAAGAUAUUUGAUGGAAAAGCAGUGAAUCCAUUUAAGAUGAAAGGCAGCAGUGAAUUGCCACUGGUGUAUGGGAAAGAUGUAACGAGCAGCUGUAGUGAAACCAAUGCCAAGCUCCGUUCUCCGGGGUGUCUAAACAGUAGCCUCGUCACCGGCAAAAUUGUUCUGUGUGACGACCCCAAAGGCAUAGAAGAGGGUCUAAAUGCGGGUGCUGCUGGAGUCGUCUCAAAACAAGGCAUAACUCCCGAUGUGUCUUUUGUCGUCCCUCUGCCUGCAACCACUUUAGUUGCUGACAACCUCAAAUUAGUCCAAGACUAUGUCAACUCCACAAAAGAUGCUAAAGCGUCUAUAGCGAUAAGCGAGCCCAUAAAAAACACAGAUGCUCCUCUUGUAGCUAGUUUCUCUUCGAAAGGGCCGAAUAUCAUUGUCCAUGAUAUCCUAAAGCCAGAUAUAACGGACCCAGGUGUGGAAAUCUUUGCUGCAUAUUCACCAGAAGCACCUGCUUCAAACUACGCCUCGGAUAAAAGAUCCGUUAAGUACAAUAUUCUUUCCGGCACGUCAAUGUCAUGCCCGCACGUGACUGGUGCAGCUGCUUACGUGAAAUCCAUCCAUCCCGAUUGGUCCUUCUGCAAUCAAAUCUGCUCUAAUGACAACCGGUAA